AGCCGCAUCCCCGCCCCCGCCCCCGCGCUCGGGGCUCCCGGCGUCGGCGGUUGGGCGGGGGAGGACGGGCGGAUGCGGGGAGGGGAGCGGCCCGGCCUCUGCGGGAGGGCCUAGGCUCCUCGGCCCGGUGUCCUCUGGCCCCGCACCGGGGCGGCGGCUGCACGCGAGACCAGGGCGGGGGCAGGAAGCCAGGCUGCAAAGUAACGCGGCCCGAGCAGGUUUGGAUGUUUCUUACCUUCACAUUAUACACUAGAAAGGGCAUGAUGAUGAAAUUGACAAAAAGGUGCAAAUGUAAACAUGGUUGGAAGAGACUUCUCUAAGGAAAUGAUAUUUAAGCUGAGAUGUAAUGCAUGAGAAGGGCCAAGGGAAUUAUAUAGUAGCAAAAAGAAAAUCAGGUACAGAGAACCUGAGCAGAGACUAAAUAAGGGUAUGGUAGGCAACACAUUGAAUGCAGGAACAGAUAUGAGAAUCCAUCUCAAGAAUUAAUACUAUAAAGAAAACCUGAUGGGACUUUUCCAGAUUGUCCCCAGCCGAUUAAUUUCCCAACUGUAUUGUGGAUUGAAGUCUCCAGUUGCCACAGGAACCAAGAUUUGCCUAACAAUGGCUCGUCCAAGUUCAAGUAUGGCCGAUUUUCGGAAACUUUUUGCAAAAGCAAACCACAUAGUCAUCAUUUCAGGGGCUGGUAUUAGUGCUGAAAGUGGGAUUCCAACUUUCAGAGGAGCUGGAGGUUAUUGGAGGAAAUGGCAAGCUCAGACCCUGGCCACUCCCGAGGCCUUUGCCCAAAACCCGUCCCUGGUGUGGGAGUUCUACCACUACCGGCGGGAAGUCAUUCAGCGCGUGAAGCCAAACCCCGGGCACCUCGCCAUCGCUGAGUGUGAGGCCCGGCUGCGUGAGCAGGGCCGCCGGGUCAUGGUCAUCACCCAAAACAUCGAUGAGCUGCACCGCAAGGCUGGUACCAAGAACCUUCUGGAAAUCCACGGUAGCAUAUUCAAAACUCAAUGCACCUCUUGUGGGGUUGUGGCUGAGAAUUACAAGAGUCCAAUUUGUGAAGCUUUCGCAGGAAAAGGUGCUCCAGAACCCGAAACACAAGAUGCCAGAAUCCCAGUGGAGAAACUUCCCCGGUGUGAAGAGGCAGGGUGCGGGGGCCUGCUGCGACCUUAUGUAGUGUGGUUUGGAGAAAACCUGGACUCUGCCAUUCUGGAGGAGGUUGACAAAGAGCUGGCCCUCUGUGACUUAUGUCUAGUGGUGGGAACUUCCUCCUUGGUUUAUCCUGCUGCCAUGUUUGCCCCUCAAGUGUCUGCCAGGGGCGUGCCAGUGGCUGAAUUUAACAUGGAAAUCACCCAAGCCACAAACAAAUUCAGGUUUCAUUUCCAGGGGCUCUGUGGUAGGACCCUUCCUGAAGCCCUGGCUCCUCAUGAAACAGAGACAGUUUCUUAAUUGUCCUGGGAAGGAAGAGAUUAUAGUACAUCUAAGUACCAGGCCACAGACAGAAGACACACAGUCUUGUGGAUGGGAGCUGAAUAUUGGAAGAUCUAAAAAUAGUCUCUGAUUUCCUGGCUGGGAUCCAACCUGUUGAUAAGUGGUAGGGGCCUUGGAGGUAACUGUAGCAAAUAUAGGUACAAGAAGUCAGAGAGCUGUAAAGUUAAUGCAUGUUAUUUGGUUUGAACUUAAACAUAACAUACCUCUGAUCCUCUGAUGUGUUUGAUUGAUUAUUGAGGGGGGGAAAUUCUAAUUAGAUUGUCUUAAAAUGUAAUUAUCCCAAUCGUAUUUUUGCUAUUUGUCAAAGAUAGAAGUAGAAAGGUAAAACAUUGCUAUUUCUGAUUUUUAUACAAAUUUUGAUGGAAAAUAAAAUCACUCUCUACAGGAGGUAAUAUAUGGUAUACA